UGUCCCCAGGAGACAAUGCAAGCGGUCAUAGGCAGCCAUCGGGACUAUUACAAACUCAGAGUUUGUCAGGAAGCUGUUUGGGAAGCAUUUAGGAUCUUCCUGGACAGGGUCCCAAACUCGGAGGAGUACAGAGCCUGGGUUUACACCUGCCAGCAUGAAAACCUGUGCAUGGACAACCUGGCCCAGAACUUCAGCAGCUCUCAGGAGCACCUGGAGAUGGUGGCUCGAAGAGUAGCUGAGCAGGCUCAAACUGAAGGUGUUGUCACUGGAACCCCAAAGACGGGAAGUGAAUGCACCUGGACACCCCCCCCGAUUUUGCUUCCAACUGAACCUGACAUGAUCACAGAGGAUCACAACAUGAUAAAAGAGAACUAUGAGGAGUACACUGUUGAGUUCAGUGUCACAAUUAUGGACCCAACUUACAGCGAACUGCUCAGUGACCCCGAGGCUCCACAUUACAAUGACAUCACACAAGAGCUCGCAAACAAGAUGCUUCAUGUGUUUAAAAAAGUUCCAGGAUUUAAAGAGAUUCAUGUUCUGGGGUUUCGAUCAGAGGGUGCAUCUGUGCGCUACGCUGUGGUCUUUAAUGGAGAAACAGAGCUCAGUGAUGAUCCUGGGGGUCUUGAGGGGUCUGACACGGAGGCAGGCGAGGAUAUAAAUGCUCCUAAACUGAAGCACAUCAUCCUAAAGGCCUUAAAACAGGAGACAUCACUACUGCUGGACUUACAGACACUCAGCUUUGAGGCUGUAACCAUAGUUUAUCCAGUUGCUGAGCUUGGCAUGAACUCUGUUGCGAGUGGAGUAUCUGAGCACUAUACCACACAGAGCCCAAGAGAAGACGACACUCCCACCCAGAGCUUCUUCCCCACAGUGGCAGCGAUUAACUCUCUGGAAGCUUUGACAGAAACUCCCGCCAUUGCGCAUUUCAUUCCAAACAUCAUCCCAGAAACUACUUCUGCCAUCGCUGUUGAGACUCCUCUAAUAGCAGCAGUAGAGGAGCAGCCCACAGAUAUAGGACAAAGCCAGGAUGGGAUGGAGGGAGAAGUGACCAAACCUCUGGAAGAAGAGAGCGGUAGUGGAUUCCCUUCAGAGUCUGAACACCCGUACGGAUCCACAGCUGCACUGCCCAUGAGACAAACCAGCACCCCUUUGAUGACGGCAGUGGAUAAGAGCAAAGAGUUAGUGGUCUUCUUUAGCUUGAGGGUCACUAACAUGAUGUUUUCUGAUGACCUGUUCAACAAGAGCUCCCCAGAGUAUAGAUCACUGGAGAACACUUUUCUUGAGCUGCUGCUGCCAUAUCUACAGUCCAAUUUGACUGGAUUUAAGGAGCUGCAGAUCCUGAACUUCAGAAAUGGUAGCAUCGUGGUAAACAGCAGGAUGAAACUGGACAAGCCAGUACCUUAUAAUGCCACAGAAGCUGUGCACUGCGUGCUCGAAGACUUCUGCAAUGCCGCAUCUAAAUGGCUUGACAUUGAGAUUGACAGUCGCUCCUUGGAAGUAGAACCAGCUGACCAAGCAGACCCUUGCAAGUUCCUGGCUUGUAAUGAGUUUUCACGUUGCGUAGUAAACAGUUGGACUGGGGAGGCGGAGUGUCAGUGCGAUCCAGGUUACAGCACCAUGGAUGGCCUGCUGUGUCAGAGCACCUGCUCUUUACAGCCAAACUAUUGCCUGAACGGAGGCCUUUGUGAAAUAAUCCCAGGGCAUGGAGCCACUUGCAGAUGCCCUGUGGGUAAAUACUGGCACUACCAUGGAGAACGCUGUAACGAGCUGGUGUUGGUGCCAUUAGUAAUUAUAACUUGCCUCGUGGGAAGUCUCUGCUUUGUUUGUGCCAUUAUUGGCAUUUUGAUAUUCCUUAACAAGAAAUUUAUAAAGAGCAGAAAGGCUAUAACACUGGUGCACACCCUUGCUUCUCAUGCCUUUGAGAAUGCUUUGAGGGUGAACCCAGUAUUUGAAAAUGAUGACAGUGUCUUAACUCAAGUGUCCACAUUACCAUGUCCUUCAAGCACCGCUUCUUUCCAAUCCCAACAGUCCGAGCAAGAGCAUUUGGCUUCUAUUGAAAAUAUACAUCUGAAUAUUGAGAUCCCCAGACAACUCUACACAACAACACCAGAAAAGUUAGUCUCAGAAAUGGUGGACUUCCAUUGCUGUAUACCACACAGUGAGAGGUGGCGACCGCCAAAUGAACACACAACUUGUCCUUUAAGGGCAACAGAUAACGAAUGUUUCAAAGUAGUUCUCUGAUGACACCUUUGUUCAGCUGGGG